CCAACUUCCGAUAGCGAAGUUUUUGAUAACAUUCGAGCUACCGCCGAUAGCAGUCUCCCGCAUAGGUCAAUGCCAGUCACUUAGGGACUCUCGGCUAACUAUGUCGCCAUAUCAUUUAUUAUUUACUCUGUUACAAGUGAUAUUUUUCACGCACACGACAGCAGAGGCACCUCGAUGGAAGCUAAAUGAUGGCUACGAAAUCCCCGCCCUCGCCCUCGGAACUUGGCUUGGAAAUAGCUCUAUGCCGGUGGCUGACGAGGUGACGAAGGCUGUUCGCUGGGCGGUUGACGCUGGCUACCGCCACAUAGACACCGCAUGGAUCUAUCACGUGGAAGACCAGGUUGGGAGGGGUUUGAAGGGGUACAAGCGAGAGGACAUCUUUGUAACUACUAAGCUCUGGAAUGACAAGCACGCGCGCGACGCCGUGGUGCCCGCGCUGAAACAGUCGCUGACGGACCUUCAGCUGGACUAUGUGGAUUUGUACCUCAUUCACUGGCCGGUGGGACAGUUCGCGAACCAGACCUACGAUACCACAGACUACCUAGAGACGUGGCGAGGUAUGAUAGAGGCGAAGGCUCUGGGCCUCACCAGGUCUAUUGGUCUCUCCAACUUCAACCAGCAGAUGAUCGACAGGAUCCUGGAGGCAGGGCUCGAGAAACCCGCUGCGUUGCAAGUUGAACUGAACCUGAAUCUCCAACAGCCAGCCUUACUCGACUAUUGCAAGCGAAACUCCAUAGUUGUGAUGGGUUACACUCCGUUCGGUUCUCUCUUCUACAACAAGGCCAAGUCCGAAGCGCCCCCGCCGAGGGUCGAUGACCCCGCCUUGGUGGAUAUUGCCAAGAAAUAUAAUAAAACCGUUCCCCAGAUUGCAUUGCGCUAUUUGGUGGAGUUAGGAGUGAUACCACUCCCGAAAUCGCUAACCAAGUCCCGCAUCGAGCAAAACAUCGACAUCUUCGACUUUACUCUUUCCGAAUCUGACAAAGACAUUCUGAAAGGCUUCGACAAGAACUACAGAACUAUUCCUCAGUAUAAAUGGUUGGAUCAUCCUUAUUACCCCUUUGAGAGGCCGGCCAAUCAUUAAUAACGCUUUCGCUUCGCAUUCGCUUCGUUACGAACAGAUAUAUGUUAGUCUUGUUCGAUAAAUGUAGAAGUGAAAACUGAUUGGUAAACAAUUUGUUUGUAAUUAAAGCAUACAUAAUGAAAAAUUAAAAUAUAUUAAAAAAU